AUGUUCCAUGAUGUAUCUGACAAAAAAUAUUCAGAGUGUUUAUCAUCGUCAAUACAAGUUUUAAAAGAUCAUUUGAAAGAAAUCGAAAAUAUUAAGUUUGAAUAUUAUGAAUAUGAAUUUAAAGUUUGUAAAGACAGAAUUUCUAAUUAUCUGGAUCAUAAUGAUGUUUGUUAUAAUGAGUUUGAUAAAUUACUCAGGAAUCUAACAAUUUUUAUUAAAGAAGAAUAUUAUUAUGAAGAUUCUUUAAUGAUUGAUUCUUAUUCCAUAUAUUUAAAUAAUAAUGAGAAAGACAAAAUAUCACAGAAUCGAUUUGUAGAGAAACAAAUUGAUUAUGAUAUGAAAUCAAUAACUCAGAUGCAUAAAGAUUUACAGAAAGAAAUAACCAAAGAAUAUUCAAUUCUAUCACAAAAAGAUUUUAUGAAAUGGACAGAACAAGAAUCUGAACAGGCAACUCUUUAUCAUUUAGUUCUUGAAGAGUUGAAAAAAGCAAUUAAAAGUUGUGAAUAUAAUGAAAAAUUAUGCAAUCGUUUUUGUAAAACGAAUGUUAACAUUAUAUUAAUAUCAUCUCAAACAUCGUAUAUUAAAUUUCUAAAGAAUUUUUCAAAUAUAAAGAAUCCAAACAUUGAAGACAAUUCAAGAUUAAUAUAUACAGACUAUUUUUCACAAAAGUUUGAUUAUGUUUAUACAUUUGAAAGUUUUAUAUAUCUUCAUUGUUAUGAUGGAUAA